CCUGAGUCGUCAGUGAUGGUAAAACCAGUGUAGCGCGCGGGCAGUGUGUGUCUCGCUCGCGCAGUAGUGGCCCAGUGAUGCAGAGCGACCAGUGAGUUCAGCGUCUGAGCGAUAUGCUGCCCGCGCUCCAGGGGGGGCUGUACACCUCCCCUUCGCGCCCCCUUCCCCCUCCUACUACGAUGGUGACAUCGUCUAAUGGGGUGCCAGCAGGUCCCCCGCCUCCCUCCCAAAGAUCUCGUUAUCAGCUGCAGUAUUGCGACGCCUGCAACACGGCCUGUGUCUUCAUGACAGGGCGCCGCCGCAAGUUCCAGGCGCGGUACGAGGGCUAUGUGCUCCUCAAGCGGGUGUCGGCCCCCGCCUGCCGACUCUACCUGCCCUAUGUGAUGGCGGAGCGGCAGAACCCCGCGUACCAUCGGCGGCACUCCUGCGGCGACGUCCUCGAUGAAAAUGGCGAGGCUCCCUCCGAGGCCCCGAGGCCCCCCGCCCCCCAGGUCUCGCCCUCGGCGUCGUACGGCAGGUCGAUUUCCAACGGGGACUGGCGGCGCGAUGACCCUCCGCCCACCUGGGGAAAAGUUGUCAAUCUCGAUGACUCGAGCCAGGCGGACCCCCUCCCCCCGACGCCCUCGAACGAAGCUCCGACCUCCGCCCCGCCCGCAGCCAAUGGCGCCCAGGAGCCGCAGGGCCGCAAGCCGCGACGACACUCGGCCAUGAUGGAGCGGCUCGCCUGCGGCCACCAGCGGCUGUGUCGGAAGAAGUCUCGCUCGCAGGACAACCUGGUGGGCCAGCGGGAGAGCGGGGGCGACGGACCCCUUCGCCUGAACAACAGCGUGAUCCCGCCGCCCGCAGCGCUCACCUCGGCCCUCUCACGCUCCGAGGGCAGCAUCCACAAUGUGCACGCCGUCCUCUCCACUGUCCCCGUCAAUGUGGAUGAUGUGGAUGUGUGUGCAGGCGGCCUGAGGGCUGGCGAGCUCGGCCGGCUGCCCAAGCGCUUCCUCCAUCGCGUGACGGGGGAGGUGGGGCAGCUGGUGUUCGACCUUGAGGGCUGGCGCGAGGAGUACCUCGUCCUCACUCAUACCGCCAUCUCCGCCAGGACGACAUCUGGUUUCCUGGAGGUGCUGGUGCAGUAUUCCCAGAUCGAAGACGUGCACGUGGUAGUCCCAUGUGGCACCUCUGGACACAAGUACUGCGUGAGGGUCAUCGUCAGGAACGGGGCACUCCUUCUACAGGCGAACAACUCUUACACGCGCGACCAGUGGCUGCACUCCAUCAUCUGGAAGAAAAAUGUCUUCAAAUAUCGAAACGUUCUCUGCACGGCCAAGAGACCUGAAGUUCUUCUUAAGGAACUCAAGAGCCUGGUGGAGUUGUCGCUGGCAACGCCCCUCCACGACCAUACUGUAUGCCGAGUCCCCUUGGAGCUGGCGUCCUCUAUACUCACUACGGUAAGGAUAAGGGGAAUCAUAGUUACCUUGGCUCCUCUCUUGGAGAACAACCAGCCGUCUCCUGAGAUCUGCCAUUUCUUCAGCCAACACUGUAGAUAGCCCAGUUCGUGUCUUGUACGAAUGUUCACAUCCUUAUCAAGAUAUAUGAAACAUAAUGUGGACUUCGGCAAGUACCCUUACGUGCGUCACUUUGUACAAAACUACAUACAGGCCCUCAAUAGUCAAAACGACGGGCUGCGGGUGGUGCACCAGUUCGUCCACAGCAUGCAUGGACCGACGAGUACAUGCCCUCACUUGCGGGUUCUCCCCAACCUAGUCGCAGUGUGUACAGCAGCUGUGUGCACUUUAGUGGAGGACCAGAGAAACCAAGAGCGUCUGAACACCCUCACGCAGUCCACGGAAGAUACGACACAUCAUCUUAACUGCUACCUCAGUGUCCUUGCUAAGAUCUGUGAAUAUGAUGACUGGAGACCUGGACUAGCUCAACUCCUGCAACCCAUACCUUUCCCUGAUGUGGCUCUUGCAGAUGAGAAAUUCAUCAGACAAAUUUUGCCAGUUCUUGAACAAAUAGGCACAGACCCGCGAUGUGAGGUGCACAGGAUGGUACUUGGCACAAGGGAAGAUAAGGAGGGAUGGCUAAGCAUUCUGUGCCCAUCUUCCUUAGCCUGUGUUGACGAAGGGACUGCUUGGGCCAGUAUACUUGAAACCAUUAUCAACUGUUGCUGUAAGAGAAAGAAGUUCCUAAAUUUACUGACUAAAUCACUCGGUGCCUGUAUGUUGCUGGCACUGAGGGGCAACACCACAGCACAAGACGUACUGUGCUUGAUGCUUGAAUGGAAGUUGAUCGACGGUUCAGAUCAGGGACUCCAGGUGGUCACAACAUUGCAGUCAACAACAUCAGGGAAGAGGCGUUACCAGGCUCUCUGUGAGCGACAGCUACAUCUCAGGGAAUUACAACAGAAAGGUGGACCGAGAAAGUUAACCCUCCCAAGUAGAUGCACGGAUGCCGACGUGAACCGGAUGCUGUCCUCUGGAUCCUUCGGCAACCUGGAGUGUCUCUCCUUGGCUUUCACUCGAGUCACCAGCGCCUGUGCAGAGCAGCUCAUCAAGCUACCCACCCUUCGCUACCUCAACCUCUGGGCCACACAGGUNGGUGAUGUGGGUUUGCAACUUAUAUCGGAACAUCUGCACAAAUUACAAGUGCUAAAUCUGUGUGAAACUCCUGUCACAGACAAAGGCUUGGGCACACUGACAGCCAUCAAGAGUUUGCGGAAACUGAACCUCAACAGCACGAAUCUCUCCUUGCAAACCUUCGAAACACUGAAAGAGACUCUGCCAGCUCUCCAAGAAGUGGACGUCCGGUACACAGACGCUUGGUGACCCUCGCCUCCUUCUGCUGACACUCCUG